UUGAAAGCAAGUUCGUGUGCGUCAUCACGACAUAGCAGAUGCAGAUCAUCAAAUUUUGAAAAUAAUUGGAAUGAAAUCUCCGAAUUUCUCGAAAAAGAAAAUGAACAACAACGCAUUGAGGAGAUCAAUCUAAACUAUAUAAAAGCUAUUAGCAAAACUCUGCAGCCUUUUGAUGAGGCCAUCGAGACAAUGGAAGAGGAUAACAGUGCUUUACAUUUGGUAAUGGUGUAUUUGCAUGAAUUGAAAAAAUCAUGCGAUACAAAUGACAAUGAGUUUAAAGAUUUCGAUUUUAUAGAGAAACUCAAGCAAAAGCUGCGUUAUUACUUGGAUCAAUCAGUUAAAGAUCAGCUAACAGAUCUGCAUAAAAUAGCUUUAUUCCUUUAUCCACCUACAAAUAAACUACUACAGUUUAGUACUGAAGAAAAGAAAUAUAUAGAAAACGAAUGUAUACGCCUAAUGAAAACGUUUAAAAGCGACCAGCUACCGACUAUUAAACAAGAACCGGAAACUACUUAUUCGCCUGCCCGUAAACGUAAAAAAUUCUUUUCUGAUUUUGUGGAACCAGAAACAUCGCGUGAUCCUCAUGAACUCAUAAUACAAGAGUUACAAUUUUAUAAAUAUAUGCGUGUGGCAAACAGUCCGGAAUUUGAUGUUUUCGUUUGGUGGGAACAGCAAAAGGCUAAUUUACCUCUUCUCUAUAAAUUAAGUUCUUCAAUUUUAGCAACACCGGCCAGUAGUUGCUCGGUACAGAGAAUUUUUUCAGCCGCUAGUAGUUUAUUAUGUGAAAAUAGAUAUGAUUUGUCUCAAAAUGAAAUUAAAGUUGAUCAAAUUAUGUUUAUUCACGCUAAUUCCGAACAAGAUGAUUUCGGUAGUGAAUUUGAAUAAAAAUAAGUUUUUUAAGUAUUUAUCCGUAUUAACCUCUAUAUAGAUAUUGUUAUAAACAAAUAUUUGUAUUAAUUUUAAGUUUGACUAUAAAUUAUAAAAAAAUUAAAUUAAAUAAUUCGUUUAAUAAUAAAUAAAUAUGAAAUAAGAAAUUGUUCCAUUAUAUUAUCUAUGGCUGAUAUUGAUUAAGUAUAAACUAUCGAUAUGCUUAUGUACAUAAAAUUU